UGAGAAAUUUAGAAAUCGAAACCGUGGAUCGAACCACCGACAAAAAAACAGAGAUAUCGAUCGAAGAUCGACCAUCUGCGAUUCACUGUUUCCAUUGACCGCUUCAGAUUCGUGCUCUCUCUCGCCGGCGACAUGAGUUCUCCGGGAACGAGCAUGUUCACCGGGUUCACCAAGCUCUGCAAGGGACUCGCUGUGGUGCUUGUUGCUGGGCACAUCGUGGUUCGGUUGAUUCCUGCUUCUGUUCCAUAUCUCGCUCUGAUUCCGUCGAGGACUAUUCCUUUUGCCUGGAAUCUGAUAACAGCUGGUUACCUUGAGUUGACAAUAUAUGGGGUUGUCUUCAGCACCCUUGGUCUCCUCUUUAUGGGGAAGUUGCUCGAACCUGUCUGGGGUUCCAAAGAAUUCCUGAAGUUCAUCUUUGUGGUGAACAUUCUCACGUCUCUCUGUGUUUUCGUCACUGCUAUUGCCUUGUACUACAUAACGAGGGUGGAGAAUUACCUAUAUAUGCCCCUUGCGGGCUUUCAUGGUGUCUUGGCGGCUCUGCUGGUUGGGAUAAAGCAAAUAAUACCUGACCAGGAACUAUCGUUGUUGAGGAUUAAAGCAAAGUGGUUGCCUUCUAUUAUGCUUCUCCUGUCAAUAGUUUCAAGCUUCUUCACAUUGGAAUCGGCAGCAUAUCUUCCCACUUUGAUAUUUGGUACAUAUAUGGGUUGGUUAUACCUCAGAUACCUACAGAGGAGGCCAGAAACGAAGCUCAGAGGUGAUCCAAGCGAUGACUUUGCCUUCUCUACUUUCUUUCCAGAGUUUCUAAGACCGGUUAUUGACCCUAUUGCCACAAUCUUCCACCGGAUGCUUUGUGGACGUUCGGAUGCCUCUGCAGAGGGCCAUGGUUACACUCUGGGAGGUGCUCCAUUGCCAGGUUCUGAUCCUGUUGAGGCAUCCAGAAGGAGAGAAAGAGGGGCAAGGGCUCUCGAGGAGAGACUAGCGGCGGACAGCUUGGCCGCUGGAAGGAGCAAAGACGAGUCACAUGAGGAUGCGUCGGAGAACGUCUGAGCAUUUGCUUGACUGAAACUGCAAGUUAACUUUCCUAAGAGUAUCUAGAAAGACAGCCACAGUUUUUGUUCUAAAGGUUUGAUGUGGAUGGAAUAGGGCUUUGUACAAAACGAUCAUAUCCUGUAUUUGGUUGGUGGGUUUUUUUUUUUAGAUUCCGACAGAUUCUUUGAAUCUCUUCGUGUCAUAGUUCGGACAUCAUUUUUAGUGUUCUUGUUACUGCCAUGGACACUGUCUCUCA